CGCGCAUCUGCCAAUAAGCGCGCUGCCUCGCAGUCGCCUCGCCUCGCGCUUUGGGCUGCUGCUCCGUCCAAGAUGACCAGCGGGCAGGUGGAAAGCAGUGAAUCCGACCUUUCAGCUUUGGAAGAUAAAGAUACUUUCAUCUCUAAAAGGAAUGGAGAUGCUGCACAAGAAAAUGUUUUGGGAAACGACAGUUCUGAAAGUGACUCUGAAAGCAGCUCUGAAAGCAACUCUGUAGAUACAGAUGAAGCAGAUCCAGAUGAAUCAGAUGAGGAGUCAGAAAAGAAAAAAUUGAAGUUGGUUCGUAUUGAACCAGAAGUUAAAGUUCAGCAACCUUGUGAACACUGCAAGAUCCAACAGGGAACACAGGAACGAGUAACCCCCAGAACACUUUCCAGAGGACAACUUUGGUUGAAGCUGGAUGCUGAAGGAAUAUAUGAGUGUACCAUUACAGGGCUAAUCUUUGAAGUAACCACAUCUGCUGUCAUUGAAUAUUCUCUUUUGUCCUGGACCAAGUAUGCUGCAUAUAUUAAAGACCCUUGGAUUAUUGUGGGUCCUAUAUUUGAUGUUAAAUGUACACCACCAUCUGUUCUUACUUCCAUUCAGUUUCCACACACCCUCUGCCUUAAUGAUCAUUCAUCUGGUAUGACCUUCAAUGUAUUUCAUUUCAAAAAUAAUAGUCCAGAAUUUGAACGUUCUGUUGAUCACUCAUCCACGCAUAUCAAAUGGAAUGUGAGCUCAUUGUCUCCUGUUGGACCAGUAAUAGAGAAGUAUGAUCCAGUGUAUUACCACGGGGUUGUUAUCUUAUACAAAGUUGUCAGUGACCUCCCUUCGUUGGAGUUCCGUGUGUAUAUAGCUAGUAACAACAGCUCAGAUAUAAAGGAUGUGUCAAAAUCUGUAAGAAAUUCUCUUAAUAAAUUCAUUAAAAUUGAGAAACCUCCUUGCCAUAGAUUACUUCAAGGUGGAAAGAGAUACAGAUUAAUUAGUGACCCAGAAGCUGACAUAACUCCUGAGGAAAUUCAGUUUGGUGACCAUUCCACCCUAGCUGUGAAACCCUUUUUUGAGGUACGUUUGGAACAGCCAAUGGAACUUACCUUAACGUUGAUGGACUUGGAGUCUAAUGAAACUGUGUGGAAAGCAAAGCUAAGAGAAAGCGACUGGACCAUACCUGUCCAAAAUGACAAUAAACCAAGAAGAAUAACUAACAGCACAAGACGACGAAAAUCUAGCACAAGUCUUUCAGGAGAUGAAAUUUGCAAUAAACGGCUAAAAAGCCAUGAUACUUCAGAUGGGAUUAAAACAAAAUCGGUGUUAACAGAUCAGCAGCUGAUGAUUCUUGCAAAGAAGAUGGGCAAAGACUGGAAAGUAAUCGGCAUUCAGUGUCUCAGGUUGUCUGUUGAAGACAUUGAGCAGAUUGCAGCAAAGGAAGAAGAUGUUAAUAUGUAUAAAUGCAUGAUGUUGCGGAAAUGGAGGGAUUCUGAACAGAAUAAUGGAACCGCCAAAAGUUUAUAUGAGUGUCUAAAAUAUGACGCAUCUCAUGAAGUGCUAGAAAUUCUUAGAGGUUUUUUAGAGCAGACAUGAGCUCUUGGAGAAAAUGCUUUUCAGAUAAAGGAAUACAUCAGGAGUGCAAAUUUUUCAAAUGACUGAAAGGUGAUUUUGUUGUAAACAUCAAACAGAUAGAAACUGAAGAGUUUCUGCAAAGAGAAAACGAUCGACUGCUUGCAGAACACUCAGGGCAAAAUAUACUUUGGGGAAGAACGGAAGCAAAUGGAGCUGUGGAUGCCUGUAGAUGCUUUUAGCCACUUGCUGCUUUUUUUCCCAAUGACGUCUUGCCAUGCUGUCCUGAUGGAACUUCAGCUUUGAUAAAACUUUCAACUUCACGUAGAGAGCCUAUGCUUUUCCAAUAUGUUCUCAGGACUUUUUACAUUACAUUAUUUUAUGUUAGUUUGGAUGAGCUGAGCUUUUAGUUUUUCCAGUGAAUACACACAAUAGUAACUGUAAAUCAAACACAACUGUGAAUGCAUUUUUCUGCUUUCCAUGUAUGUAGAUUAGAGAUGGGCAUGGACCUUGGUUUGGAGGUUCAUGUCCGUUUGUAUGUAUGGCAACACAGGUGCUGUGUGUUCCCUCCCCCUUCCUCCCAGGCUGGAUCCCCACUCACCAGCCGGCGCAUGCUCCUCUCCUCCUCCUCUUUAGCUGUUCCACCAGUCUCUGGCAGGAUCACAGGCUUGCCUGUUUUGCAACUUGGCUGAUCACCCACUCCAAAUUUUUUAAAAAAUGAACCAUGAACUGGUGGCACACUAAUCGCACCCCACCUGCCUCCACCCCCUUCCCACUGCCCUGUCACCUCCCUACCUGUUCCUGCCACCUCUUGCUCCUCCUCCACCACCACAAAUGGGCGAUCUAGUGCCGCAUGGUGCUGAUCCAUCACUGUAUGGUGCUGGGUUGCCUAUUUGCAGACAAAAACUACCAAAUGGACAACAUGAUCAGUCCAGGUCUUCUGCAAUAUGCAACAAAAGAGAAUGUUGGGCAUUUCCUUAGCUCUGCUCUCAGUCUGUGAAAUGACAUGCACAAGUGACAUGGCUUAAGAUAUUUUGUUUUCUUUUAACUGGGGAGAGGACUUAGCAAAAUACUGUCUAAUGCACUGUAAUGUCCUGUCCCUGCUUUUGCACCAUGUCAAGCUACUCAAACUAUGGAUCAAGGAAACCCAGAUUCCAAUAGUAUUGUAUAGUUACUUGAAUCUGUGUGAUUACUGCUUACCUGUUUUAAUUUGUAUAGUUGGGCUUUGCUAAUUAUGGGGAUGUUGGUGGUAAAGAGCAAUGCAGAUCAUUGAAGCUUGAAAUACAGGAUAUGUUCUGAUAUCUCCACAUGAUUAACAGAUACAAUUCACAGACUUUUGAACACAUGUUCAUGGCCAAAAUGGGUAGAUUUGCUAUAAAUGUCCUUUCUUAUUAAAAAAAGUGAAAUUUUGAAGUAGAGAUUCUGCUCUCAGUUCUACCUCCUGGAAUUUUAAAAAGAAAUGAUUAUGUGGAACUACAGCCCUGAUCUGUACCAGUUUCCAAGAGCUAUCUACUAAUAUUGGAUUGAUUUGACCCCAAAUUCACCAUCCUCUAAUUUUUAAAGUAUACAGAGUUAUUUGGAGUGAAGUUUCAGAUUUUCAGGGAUAAUUCAGAAACACUUUUUAAAAAGCCAGAGUAGUCCUUUUCAUUGCUUUUUAGGAUGUAGCAUUGAUACAACAGGCAGCUUUGGAAUCCAUGUGCAUGGCGUUUACACCUUGUCUCUAUAUGUUAUACAUUUUUGUUACACUUCCUUGUACAGAACUGAAUGCACAGUGACUAUGUUCAUUUAAAUACACUGAUUGUACUUUGUGUUAAGUCAUUUGUUAUUGCUGUUUAAUAGGCAUUAAACAUGUGUAUGUACAAAAAUAACAUUUUUCCCUUGUAGCAGCAGAUGCUGGAAGCAGGCAGCAGUUGGCAAAGUGCUGGAAAAGAGAACAGUGUGUGCCACAUUGCCUGAUGUUAUAGGGAUAGCAGAGCACCUCAAUUGGCAAAAAUGAUAACAGGACCAGGGGUCUUAGUGUUCAUACAUUUUUGACAUGUCCAGACUUGAUAUCUUUAUUGCCCGAUAGCUAGUUUUUGAGCUUCUGCCCAUCUGGGGUGAACAACUUGUUCUUUCCCAUGGGAAAUUUUCUAGCAGUUGGUACUUUCCCCAACCAACCUUUACUAACCUAUAGAUAUAUAAUCACACGAAUACUCUUCAGUAGAGAUGGGGAUGAUGCGCCAAACUUGAUGACCCAUGAAUUGUCCCCACGUGGCCCGACAAACCACAAAUAAUUUGUCCAUUUGUUGGGUCAUCGU